AUGUCGUCUAGAUAUUCAAGUUUUGCUCGUGUCGUGCUUCUGGUCUGGGCCUUCUGUGCCGUAACAACCGGUGUGUUUGCCUGGAACCAACAGUGCAGUACGCAGCAGCAGUGUGUUCAGUAUGGCAACCAGUGCACUGGUUAUCAGAAGGUAUGCCUGCAGCCUAUUCAGCAGUGCAAGCAGUAUGCGCAGGAGUGCGUGAAGCAGGAACAGCAGUGCGUGCAGUACCAGACUGUGCAAAAGCCGGUGCAGGUCUGCGCACAAUAUGCACAGGAGUGCGUUGAAUACACUUCUAGCUGCGAGCAGCAGCAGCAGCAGCAGCAAAUAUCGGCGGUUGCUCAGCAGCAGCAGCAGCAGCAGCAGCAACAAAAACAACAAGUCGCACCACAGAAGCCUGCGCCUGCCCCAGCACCUCAGAAGCAGCAGGUUUCCGCGGCUGUUCAGGAGAAGAAAGGAUGGAACGGCGCAAUGCGCCGAUGGCAGCAGACGCCGGUUUGCAAGCAGGUGUGCGCAAAGUACCAACAGAACAAGAACAAGUGUCUGAAGUAUACCACGCAGUACCAAACCGAACAGGUGUGUGCGCAAUACGAGAACAAGUGCACACAGUAUCAACAAGGCAAAUGCGAGCAAUACGAGCAAGGAUGCGCACAGUACGGCCAGAAGUGCACAGGGUACCAGCAGGUUUGCCAGCAGUAUCAAAAUGUCCAGGUUUGCCAACAGGCUCAGCAAGAGCAGGUACAGGCUACGCAGAUCGUGCAACAGCAGCAGCAACAAGAACAACAGAAGCAGCAGUAUGCCAAAUUUCAGAAAGGACAACAACAGAAGCAGCAGUACGCCCAAGUUAAGAAAGGGCAGCAGCAGCAGCAGCAGCAGCAGUACUACACUGGUGGCAACAUGCAAUGGUGGGGCUGA